CAGUUCCCGCCUCUGCGUGUGUCAUCGUGUAGUUUGUUUCUUCUGUCUGCCGUGUCUUUGCCCUUCCUCGGCUCUAAAUGUCCUCACAUCUCUUUGUGCUCGAGGAGGACGGCACGCGCCUCAGGCGCCAUCCCCAGGGUAUCGAACGCCCGUCUUCAUCGGCACGCUGCCGAUUGGGUGCUUUUUUAUUCUUGCGUUAUAAGCUUAGAGGGUGGGUAGUUCUUGGAAGUUUCCAGUCGGGAGUCUUUCGCGCAGCAUCGUCGCCGGCUGCGGCAUCAGCUCUGCUCCUUAGGCAUCCAUUUUCACGGACUGUGACGUCUUCCCUGCAUCCCUCCAUCCUAGGAUUCGGACUCGUACUUCUCAUCCAGCGUCUCGGUUUUGACGGUAGCUUCUUAUAACGGGCCAUAACGUGUGACUCUUUCUGGGGCUGCCGUAUAGCCUCCUCGCCUCCCAGUUGUGGCCCUCUAGGUCUUCUCGCCUGACAUGGUAUCUUGUCUGAGAGUCCUUAUUGCUUAGAGUUUAUCUUGGAAUCAAACCUUUCGUAGCGUUUAGCGUUAGUGUACGCGUGUGCCUGUUUGGCUCAGAGCUGCCCUGCCUGGGGUUGUAGAGUCAGGAGUAAGUAGAACAGCAGUAGAAGUCAACGGUUUAAAUGUUGAUACGCUUAGACCGCCUAGGCGACAGAUGUACGGUCACCUCGCAGUAGCCAUCCAGAGGCUGUGCGGACGGUCGUUUCUGGAGCGUUUUAAGGAGACUGUUGGAGCGGUGUGGGAGCGGCUGUCCAGCAGUAGCAAAUGAGAUGGAAUCUCAAAGGUGUUAAGGCUCGUAGGCGUGGGAGCGUACGCUUUGGGGGGAGGCGCGUGGUUUUCUUUUUAACAACAGGCUGUAGUUGGAUGCCAGCUAGUAUCCCUAGCCGGAAGUGACACCUCCGGAUUUGUUAAGCAUCUGGGUGACUCGCAUAACUGUUUUCAGAUGCAGAUCGAGGAGAUGCGCACCAAAGAGUGACGGAGGAGGUGAGCGGAGGGCUGUGAGAAGAUGGAGAGCCACAAGCAAAGUAGGAUUUUGGCACCGGAGGCAGCUUGGGCGAGGUGGCACGCGAGCCUUGACGUGACAACUGGAAACAGCAGCGGCAGGGCAGGUGAAGGGCCGAGUUUUUUGCAGGUGCCGCGGAUGGCCGCGGAGGGGCCGAGCCGCACGCAGACCGACAGUGUGAGAAGGUGCUUUGGGAGCCGCCUUUGGGAUCGGAUGAGCGUUUGAAGCGAGCCGGGGUAACGCCAGCGACGACGCCUGCAGCAUUGACUCUGCAAAGAGCCGGUGAAGAGGAAGGCGUCAACUGCGGGAACGUGCUAGUUAGCUGCUGUGCUGCUUUUGUCGAGGAUGGAAUCGGACCUCCGGCCCUGUGAAAGCUAAGUCGAGCGAACGGGGCCGAGAGGAGGGGCCGAGGAUGUAGGCGGGGCUCAAUUUGACUACGUAGACUGGAUUUAAUGAAAACCUCUGUCAGGGGAAUAAACUUCUGUUUUUCCCGUCUCCUGGCUGGGUAGUUUUUCCCUGGUCCCGCCCGGUGUGCGAUGCAAGGAUCGUUAUCGGGAUUUGGGUGCAGGUGAAGAGGAAGGCGUCAACUGCAGGAACGUGCUAGUUAGUUGCCGCGCUGCUUUUGUCGAGGAUGGAAUCGGACCUCCGGCCCUCUGAAAGCUGAGUCGAGCGAACGGGGCCGAGAGGAGGGGCCGAGAUGGAUGAGAUGCGCACCAAAGAGUGACGGAGGAGGUGAGCGGAGGGCUGUGAGAAGAUGGAGAGCCACAAGCAAAGUAGGAUUUUGGCACCGGAGGCAGCUUGGGCGAGGUGGCACACGAGCCUUGACGUGACAACUGGAAACAGCAGCGGCAGGGCAGGUGAAGGGCCGAGGUGCCGCGGAGGGGCCGAGCCACACGCAGACCGACAGUCUGAGAAGGUAACGCCAGCGACGACGCCUGCAGCAUUGACUCUGCAAAGAGCCGGUGAGCGGAACCCCGCGACGCUUCUGAGUACAGGCGGGUGUCGUGGAAGAGAUCGAGGAGAUGCGCACCAAAGAGUGACGGAGGAGAUGGAGAGCCACAAGCAAAGUAGGAUUUUGGCACCAGAGGCAGCUUGGGCAAGGUGGCACACGAGCCUUGACGUGACAACUGGAAACAGCAGCGGCAGGGCAGGUGAAGGGCCGAGUAUUUUGCAGGUGCCGCAGAUGGCCGCAGAGGGGCCGAGCCGCACGGAGACCGACAGUCUGAGAAGGCAACGCCAGCGACGACGGCUGCAGCAUCUGACUCUGCAAAGAGCCGGUGAAGAGGAAGGCGGCAACUGCAGGAACGUGCUAGUUAGCUGCCGCGCUGCUUUUGUCGAGGAUGGAAUCGGACGUCGGUCGCUCUGAAAGCUAUGUCGAGUGAACGGGGCCGAGAGGAGGGGACGAGGUUGGGAAUUGCAGGGAAGCGUUUGAAAGUUAGCAUAGGGGAGAAGGCUGUAUGGGAGCGGGGCCCUCCGGUCAGGUAAAAGGAACGGAUUACUUUUCCCCUCGAUGUUAGCGUGUCCCGGGCAGGGCAGUUCUAGCCUUUGUGUGUGUUAUCGUGUAGUUUUGUUUCUUCUGUCUACGGUGUCUUUGUCCUUCCUUGCAUCUCUAUGUCCUCACAUCUCUUUGGGCUCGAGGAGCACGGCACGUGUUUCAGGUGCCAUCCCUAGGGUAUCGAACGCCCGUCUUCAUCGGCACGCUGCCGAUCGGGUGCUUUUUUUCUUGCGUUAUAAGCUUAAAGCGUGGGUAGGUCUUGGAAGUUUCCAGUCGGGAGUCUUUUGCGCAGCAUCGUCGCAGGCUCUGGCGUCAGCCGUGAUAUUUAGGCAUCCGUUGUUCCUGCCGGCUACUUCUUUCCCGUAUCCUGACAUUCUUAGUCCUUGCAGCCCGUCUUCUUGCAUACCCAUCAUCUCCGUUUUGACGGUAGCUUCUCGUAAGGGGCCGUUCCACUUAGUGCUUCUUGUAGGCUACCGUAUAGCCUCCUCGCAUCACCAUCAUGGCCCUCCGAGUCUUCUCGCCUUACGGCAUACCCUUCCGGGUGUCCUUAUCGCUUAGCGUUUAGUCAUCUUUGAAUCGCGUCAUUUGUAGUAUUUUGUGUGUGUCUGUGUGGCUUGGAGCUGCUCUGCCCGGGGGUGUAGACUCAGGGCUAGGUGGAAUAGAGUUCACGGGUAUACUGUAUGGGUUUGUUUUAAAUAAGAAAACAGAUCCUCCAACCGGGUGACAUCUUUGUCUCCCCGGUGGGGUUUAUUUUCACCCAGUCGCAGAUGCUCUCUGAGGGUGACGGUCACAGUCGGCGUCUUGGUGAAGGUCAGGUUUGGGCCGGGAUUUCCUCAGGCUAGGCGCUCGAGUCCCCCAGGAACAGUACUCAGGGGGUGACUGCCCGUCGUGACGGUUGGGCGGAAGGAUGGGCCGGUGGAGAGUGGGGGUUGGUUUUGGCGGUAGGUGGAAUAGCGUCACGUUUAGAACGUGUCUAGCUGUGUAAGUGUAUUUGUCGUCUCUUUUCUUGCAGGAUGUAGGCGGGGCUCAAUUUGACUACGUAGACUGGAUUUAAUGAAAACCUCUGUCAGGGGAAUAAACUUCUGUUUUUCCCGUC